CUAGCACCUCUACAAAGGCGCGGCCUGAGCGGCUAUGACAGAUUCCGUGGCCUGCCACGCGUCCCACACGCUCGCCAUCACGCGACCGGGAAGGAGUCCAGCACGAGGGGAGGGAAGGCAUGACAGCGUCCAGAGCCACCCGCCGCCACCCCGGCCUCUCUGCCAUGAGCCUCACGACGGUUUUCUUGGCGCUGCUGCCACUGGGACUCGCUGCCGCCGCCACAGGUCCACUCACGGAGGCUCAUGAUGCCCUUGGUGUUAGUUUCAUCAACACUCAAGAAGAAAACAUUCACGAGGCACCUCAGGCUAUGCAAGGUGUUCCACACACCAGUGUCAUGGAAGAGGCAGCCCGCGGGGUGCUGCCGCCGCCACUCUGGGACACACUCUUCUAUGACUCCCCAGACACACUUGUGACGACAAACCAUGACUCGAAGCCCAGGGCAGAGCCACAGACACGAGCAGGGCUGCUGGGCCUCCUCGCCCCCUACUACCUUCCCGGCGGGAGGAACGUGUCACACGAGUGCCGCCAGGACGUGAGUGGCCUCAGCGAAGGGUUCAUCAGCGGCAAGUUUUGGGCAUUGAAAGUGGUGGACUCGUGGGGGAAGUUUUCGGACGGCGUAUUAGUCGGAAACCUGUGGACACCGGGGCUGCUGGACGAAUGCCUGCGGACGACGGUGGACUCGGAGGACCCUGAGGCGCAUUUCAGUGGCCGAUACUGCUCCUUCGCUAUCGGAAUGAAAGAAAAUGAAACGAGUCCACAGCAGCUAUUAUGGGGUGAGGGAGAGUAUGACGAAUACGAGGAUUAUGAGGAAGAUGAUGAAUACAAAGCAGAGUUGGUGAGGGACUUAAAGAUACGGAAGAUGAUGCUGCCCAACCUCCACAUGGCUGACGUGAAAGGCGUCCUCCAGAUUGCUAUUCCCUUCAACAUCCUGGCCACGUGCAUCCCGUCCACGUGCACCGAAGAGGAGUACAGACAAAGCCUGGAAAAGCAGUUGGACGAGAGGAACCUGACGUUGUCCCUUCUGGGGUGUCAGACGAGAGAACUGCCAUCACUGCGCUACAACACAGCCGAUAUUUGUAUGAUCGUCACCCUGUCGCUUCUGGGCGCCACGGUGGUCGUGGGCACCGGCGCCGACGUCUGGAUCACCCUCACCAGGAAUGAAAAGCUGACCAGAGGCCCCUUGCGGUACGUUCUCGUGUUCUCCUUCUACACCAACCUGCCCAAGAUUUUCCGUAUCAACACUAACGAAAGCGAAGAGGUGAUCUCCUGUCUCCACGGCAUCAGGGUCUUGACCAUGGUCUGGGUGGUGAUGGGGCACGCCUUCCUUAUCUCCUUUUUCCUCAGUCCCAACAAAGGCUAUAUCGCACAGAUGAUCGCGGAGAACCCUUACUUCUACCAGCUCUUAUUCAACGCCUACCCCUCAGUCGACACUUUCUUCUUCAUGAGCGGCCUCCUCGUCGCCUACAAUCUGACCAAGGAGUUUCAGCGGACGUCAAGGUUCAACAUCCCAUUGUAUUACAUCCACAGGGUCAUCAGACUCUGCCCGCCCAUCUUGCUACUGUGCGGGUUCUUCGCCGUGUUCCCGCCGUUGUUCGUUCAGGGCUCCUUGUCGCCGCUGAUGGUGCGGAGACCCUACCUUGUGGACUCCUGCAUCAGGCACUGGUGGCGGGAUAGCUUCCUGAUCACCAAUAUGUUCACAGGGACGGAGGACGGGGGUUCGUGCCUCCCGGUGUGCUGGUACACGGCCGUCGACUUCCAACUCUACAUUGUGACGCCUUUCAUGAUCCUGCCGCUCCUGUAUCGCCGCAAGCCAGGUAUGGUGGUGUUGGGUGUGCUACUCCUUGUCUCCGUCGUCGUGCCCAUGUCCAUCAUCGGGGUCAAUCAGCUGCCGCCCACUAAUGUUGUAGACGCAAGCUACGACGACACCGCGCUCAUCAACAAGUUGGUGUACUCGAAGCCGUGGUGCCGCGCGUCGCCCUACCUGGUGGGCCUGGCGCUGGGCUACUUCAUGAGGGUGGUGGACAAGGACAAGGUGCAGCUGAAAUGGUGGCAAGUGGGGCUGGGCUGGAUCCUCGCCUUGGUCAUCAUGGGUGCCGUGGUGUUCGGCGUCAAGGACUACAACACCUUCACCGGCAAGGUGCACGAGUACAACGCCGCCACGAGCCUCCUGUACGGCGGCUUCAACCGGCUGGCGUGGGGCUUGGCGAUCGCCUGGCUAGUGUUCGCCUGCCACAUGGGAUACGGAGGUCUCGCCAACAGCUUCCUGGCGCACCACUACUGGCAGCCUAUCAGCCGCCUCACCUACUCCAUCUUCCUCAUCGCCUUCAACGCACAAAGCAUAUACUACACUUUCUACGCCCGCAUGCCCAGCUAUUACACGCCUUUCUAUAAGCUGAUUGAGACUGCUGGGAUCCUGCUGGUCGCCGGGCUUGGGGGGGUGCUGCUGUCCCUGCUGGCUGAGUCUCCCGUGCUGGGCUUCGAGAAAAUCUUACUCGGGAGGGGAAGGAAACUGCCUGACCCUCCUCGUACCCGCACCUCCUCAACCUCUGCCCCCACCAAAGCGUCCACUCUCACACGCAUGACAUCCUCGCCGAGUUCCUCCACGAAUGAAUCAUCUCCGGAGGCGCCGUUUACCAUUAUGACUUCGACAUAAUAAUUAACAUCUGUGUAAUCUUGGUGUUGAUAGGAUAAGUGAGUAUUUACUCGUCCUCUUCUGUACACGUAUAGUCACUGCAACGGGUAUUCCCUUCUGCGUGUUGGCAACCAUCACUAUGUUCCAGGUUGUCUGGCGAAGCUCUCUUGCGUGCACAUGCUCCUUGAACUCCAAAAAUAUCAAACAUUUAAUCGAAUUGUAUAGAGUACCUACUAUACGUAACACUUUACUUUUUCAUUUACUUAUAUAAUUACUUCAAUACUUCUACCACCAGAAUGGUCCUGGUAAACUUGGGUGUUAGCCAGAUAAGUACGUAGAGGUUGGGAGUUCCUGCUGCACAGCGAUGUAUUACAGAAUUUCACUUACAGCUCUUAUAGAUGCUAAUCACAUGUUCACACAAUCAAUAAAAUAUCGCAUAGGGUUGAUUAUAUAUAGGCCAAUACAUAUUAAUUUAUCCAUAUUGUAUGAAUAUAUUUAUCAUAGAGGAUAUUAUAGUCUUUAACAUUAUGAACGCCACAACUGAUCUCUAUAUAAUACGCAGAGCCCUCCACGCCGAGAUAAUUCUUGGUGCUGGGAAGGACCCAGUUAUGUGUAUUAUAUCUUACAGCAUAAUUCUAAUUCGUCCCACUGUUAGGGCACUUAAGAGAUCUAAUUUAGGCAAAUCACAUAUGUACAGUGAACACUCCCGCGUUAUGUUUCGUUUUUCGUUCUAUCCCUUUCAUUAUCCUCUGUUGUAUCAUAUCAGUUAUGUCUUUAUCGCAUACUCUCAGAUUUCUUCCUUCCUUCCUUUACCAUGUUUCCUUCUCCAUAAGUAUCUCUUCCACUAUACAACCCCAUGAAAUAUACCAAUCAUCCCAAUCACAUACUCGUGCCCACCGAACAAAUAUAUUAUGGGAAAUCCACUGGACACUGGGUAAUCAUGCUAAUAAAACUCACAAAAAAGGUCAA